UGUAAAUUCGGAGAUAGAGCAGCUGUUCUGUUUUUCGUCGUUCUUUUUGGCAAGGCAGGCUUCUGCUGCUGGGAAAUCUGGGACAUGGCCGGACGAAAGCACCGUACGCCCAGUGCCUCGAAACUCCGGGAAGAAGUCCGAAUAGACAACGCUCGCCUCCUUCACCAUCAUCGUGGCCCCCACCACCCCUCGCCAUCUGUUAGGUCCCACCACCACCCGAGCUCCGUUGUCCUCGAAGACAGAAUCGCCAUUCAGCACCGCGAGAUCCAAUCCCUUCUCGAGGAAAACCAACGGCUCGCCUCCACCCAUGUGGCCCUCAAGCACAACCUCCGCUCGGCUCAGAUGGAUCUCCGACACCUAUCGGAGAAGGCCGCCGAUGUGAAAGCCGAGAGAGAUGCUCAAGCGAGUGAGUUGUACGAGAGGUCCUUGAAGAUGGAGGCUGAGGUUCGUGCGAUCGAUGAGAUGAGCGCCGAGCUCGCUCAGGUGCGGUCCGAUGUGCAGAAACUCGGCGGGGCACGCCAGGAGCUCUCGGCGAAGCUCCAAGCCAUCGAGGACGAUCUCGCCAGGGCACGUUCGGAGUCGCAGCAAGCCCCGUCUAUUAAGGCCAACAUUGAGAGCGUGCGCAAGGAGAUUCAGAGAGGAAGGGCUGCUAUCGAAAACGAGAAGAAAACACGUGCUAGUAACCUCGAGCACAGGCAAGCAAUGGAUAGAUAUAUGAUUUCCAUGACUCGUGAAAUUGAGAAACUACGUGCGGAACUGGCUGAUGCGGAGAAGAGAGCAAGAGCUGCUGCUGCUGCAGCGAUAGCAGCAAACCCAAGUACUGGAUAUGCUGCUAGCUACAGCAAUCAUGCUAUGGCAUAUGGAGGAAAUUCAUACCCUGAUCCUUAUGGAACGGAUCAGCUCGCCCCGGAAAAGCCCUCACGACCCAUAUGAUAUUGAUUGGCAAAACUGCCCAAGAAUGUUCCCUUUAUAUUAUUAAGGCUCCUGAUCUCUGUGCUUCAGACAUCCACUCCUCAAAGGAAGAUUCAAGAGGUAUAGCUUCAAAGGAUGAAGAAUCAAGUCUGCCAUAACAAAAUGCACAUGUGGAAUAUUAUGGAAGGAUCUGGAAGAAUAUUACAUAACAGAAAUGAUGAGUUGUACGGCUUGGAUUCAAUGUGCAUGUGUGUGAAAUACUCUGUUGAUCUUUGUAGUAGUCUAGAAAUACUUGGAAUCAGAAUAUAUUUGCAUUGAGGAAAAACUGAGUCAGUAAAAUGUGUGGAAAUGAAUUCUAUGAAAGAAGCAUUUU